AUGCAGUUCUUUCAUACUCAAUUUCAUAAUGGUUCAAUUAUAUCCAAUGAUGAUAUUAAUAAUAAUAAUCUUUCUUUAUCUCGCCAAUUAUCAAUUAUAGAUGAUGGUCCAUUACGUAUUCAUAUUGGAAAUAUUCCAUUUAGUUGGUCUGAUAAACAUUUACGAGAACAAUUUGAUAUUUUUGGUCCAGUUGAUGAUGUUGAAGUCGUAUCAAAUGCACAAGGAUCAAAAGGCUUUGGAUUUCUAACAUUUCUUCGGCGGCGUGAUGGUGAACGUGCCAUGCAAGUUAAAAAUGGUACAAUUGCUGACGGACGAAAAAUAACAGUCUCUUUGGCUGUCGCCAAAAAUCAUCCAACUUCAUCAUCUUUAACAACACCACCAGAAACACCUGCUCGAACAGCUUUUCGAUCUCUUUCAACGAAUCGUCCCUUACCAUUAUUAGCAACUUCAUCAUCAUUAUCGCCUGAUGCACCGAUGUGGACACCAUUAACACCACCUUCAUCAACUACAUGGCGUUUAUCUCCUGAACCACAAUCAAAUGGAUGGAUAAAUACAUCUCCACCAUUAUCAUCUAGUCCAUUAUCAAUACUUUUUCCACCAUUAUUUCCACCAGCACGUGUGGAACGAUCAGUAGAAAGUGAAAAUAUAAAUAAUCAUUUGAAAUCAGUAACUACUGAAUCGAUAACUUAUGAUAAGAAUAGUUGUAAACAUUGUCCUCAUUGUGGUCGCACAAUUUAUUAG